AGUCUCUCAGUUCAGCGGCUGAUAAACGGACAGGAGAUGUUGGUUCUGGUUCUGAUUCUGGUCGUUGUGCUUCAGUUUGAAGGAACCAGAGGAGGAGAAAUUCAUCUCUAUCACAGAGAAGGAGAAAAUGUUGUUCUACCUUCAGAGAGACCUUCAUCAGAUUACCCAUUCUCUAAUAUUGACUGGCUUUACAGCAGAGAUGGAAGAACAACUAACACAGAGGUUGGAAAUGGAAAAGUUGUUCAGAGUUCACCUCGAGCUUCCAGGUUAAAUAUGGACAGCAGCUGCUCUCUGACCAUCAACACCAUCACUGCUGAUGAUGCUGGACUUUACACCUGUAUACAUGGUUCAGGAACCUCCUCAGAUCAUUUUGUCUAUCUGAAUGUUUUAACCAUUUCAGACGCUGAUCCAACAAAGGGAGAUUUCACAUUACAAUGUUCUCUGUGGAGAUACAAAGACCUGGGUCCUUGUCCAGAGAAAAGUUUCCUCUGGUUGGACGAGACAGGAACUGAACUGACCAGUAGAAGAGAUGCUCUCAGCUCAGGACAAAGAUGUUUUUCUUCUCCAUUUGUGAAGCAUCAGAGCGACACCAACACAAGAUUCACCUGCCAGUUUAUUGAAGGAAACAAAGUGAAGGUUGAAGCUCAAUACACAGAAGUCCAUCUCUACCACAGAGCAGGAGAUGAAGCUGUUCUACCCUGUAACAGACCUUCAUCAUCCGACUCAUGUUCCUCUGUUAACUGGACUUAUAAGAAAAAUAUGAACAAGAUGAACAAGGAACAGGAAGUUCCUGGUUCUGCCAGUUUGGACAGAAUCUGUUCUCUGAUCAUCAACAACAUCACAGCUGAGGAUGCUGGACGUUACCGCUGCAGAUAUAAUACAUAUGUGUAUCUAAACAUGAUGAUCAUCUCUCCACUAGAUGCUGAUCCAACAAAGAAUAACUUCACAUUACAGUGUUCUCUGUUGAGAUACAGAUCAGGUUCUUGUCCAGUUAAAAGUCUCCUCUGGGUGGACGAAACAGGAAGUGAACUGACUGGUGAAGGUGAUGGAUAUAAAUCUGGAGGACAGACUGGUUGUGUUUCUCUUCUGACUGUGAAUCUUCAGAGCAGCAGAAGAUUCACCUGCCAGUUUGUUGAAGGAAACGAAGUGAAGAUAGAAGCUCAGUAUGGAUCUGAAGGCCCCCCCGCCUCGUCUCCUCUGAGCUUCAUCAUGUUGACUCUGAAGAUCACAGGACUGAUCCUGAUGGUUGGAAUCACUGUUGGUAUCAUCAGAACCAGAGGGAGAAAAAAGCCUCAGAAAGACAUUAAUGUUUGUUUUGCUGUUGAUGACGACACAGUGAAUUAUGAAAAUGAUGGAGAACGUUCUGCUGCCGCCGCGCUCCACUGAGCUUCAUCACAUCAGUUACAGCUUAUAGAAAACAAUGUUUCAUUUUAAUUAUAUCCCAGCUCAAAAUAAUCUUUUGCAACAUGUUAACGUCGCUGUAGUGUUUUUAACUGUUCAAUUCAGUUUGUUUAAUAUACAUGAAAACCAUCAUAAAUAUGAUAAAAAGAUGUUUGUAAAAACUAAAAAU